AUGUCCGCCGCCGCCGGAGACACCACAAUCGCCGCCAUCCCCGCCGACGUCCUCCAGUCGCGCAUCCUCAACCACCUCGACGGCGCCACCCUCGCCUCCGCCGCCUGCGCCUCCACUCAAUUCCUCUCCCUCUGCAACGACGACUCCCUCUGGAAGGACAUCUGCAACGCCACGUGGCCUUCCACCGCCGACCGCCGCGUCCUCCGCGCCGUCGCCGCCUUCCCCGCCGGCCACACCUCCUUCUUCUCCGACGCUUUCCCGGUCCGCCGGCACCUCCGGUUCACGGCGCGCCAAACGCCGUUACCCUCGGAGUUAAUCUCAGCCGUCGAUGUCUCAUUCGACGGUCAGAUCAUCUUCUCGAAGGUUCUAGAAACAGAGACGGUUUCCCCGUGGUUCCUCUGCACGCCCUUCCGCCUGGACCUCCUGGACCCGAAGGAAACCGUCCCCACUCCCCUGGACCUCAGCUCCGGAGACAGCGCGUCAAUCGAACGCGCCGCCGAACGUUUCAAAAUAACCUGGAUUCUAAUCGACGCCACGAACCACCGCGCCGUCAACGUCGCCAGCGAGUCGGCGGUGGAGGUCCGCCGGCACUGGCUGACGGACGACGUCCAGAUCCGGUUCGCGACUGUGGUCGCCGGCCGGUCCUCCGGCGAGCUCCUCCAGUGCGGCGUGGUGAUGACCUUCGGCGGCGGAGGCGGCGGAGGCGGCGAGGCGCGUGUGAAGGAGAUCAGUAUGCAGGUGGAGGAGAUGGAGGGGAAGAUCGUGACGGGGGCGGAGGGAGUGGCGGCGGUGCAGGCCGCCAUGGAAGGGCAAAAAUGGAAAUUCGAUGGGGUAAGGGAGAAAGAUAUUUACGAGGAGUAUACGAGAAUGAAAGCUCAGUUUAGAGAGAGAAAGCAGAAGAGAGAGAAAGGGGUAGACAUGGUUUGUAUAGCUACAGGAGUCUUUGUCUUCGUUGCACUGCUCCUUUGGAUGCUCUCUCGCUCUCUGUCCAUGCCCUGA